AUGGUUCGCGUACGCCAGUCGCCGCGCCGUGAAUCGAGAGGCGAUCCUGACAGCUCCAGAGAUUUGGAUACUAAUGCGCGAGAGAACACCCAGAUUGAUAACACAGAGGGGCAAGAUACCAGACAGCAUCCAGAGCAGCCAGAAAACACCGAACAGCCAAAUGAAAAUGUAGAAGCCAACAAACAAAUCUACCAUCUUCCCCCUGAUGGAGAAGUAGCCGACAGUCUCUAUCCUCUGCUAUCGAUUCUGAAGAAAAGCAACACAUACCCGCUUUCUAAAGAAAAACGUGAAAUCACUGGGCGCACUUUCGCAGCGAUAAACGCGCGCGUCAUGAAAGCUGGCUGUAGCCCAGAAGAGAUAGCGGAGGCAGUGGAAGUUGCUCUAAGUGGUGACAUGAACAAACAGUGCAGCAACAAGCUAUUCACCUUCUUGCACCCAAUCACCACCGUCAAUGAAAACACCAUUAUCUCCAUUCUUGGUUCUCUCGGCGCUAGCAGACACAAGCUCGCUGAUACCACCACUCAAGCUGCCGGUCUUAAAUGGCUAGUGGCUGUUUUGGAGUGGAUUGAUAGUACUGCGCGACGCACGCUCGGUAAUAUGUAUGCCGUUUUGUGGAAUCAUCUUGGUAUAGAGACUUUAAGACCACACCUGCCUUAUUUGCUAGCAUUAUUGACUAGACGCGAGCACGUCAUACCGUUUAGAGUUUCGUUCAUACUCACUCUACAGGCACGCUUUCCACUAGACCCUUCUCUCCCCGCUCUCAUAAACGUUUUCCGCUCAUACCACCCUACACGAAUUCCUCCAGGUAUCGGUCGCGCAGCUGGCAAACGGCCCUACAGAGUCAACGCAAACUGGAAGCAGAAGUCACGCGCAAUCAGAGAAGGCACAGUGGAAGAAUAUGAAGAGCAGCUAAUCCAGAAACGUCAAGAAAGGGCCGAGAGAAAUGCAAAGCAAACAACUUCGGAGAUUUUGCAACAAAGCUUAGUACCACAAAAGAGACAAAGGAUAGAGUAUGCAGCGCCACCAUUGUCAGUCAUGCAAUCAAGGGGCAGCAUCAUCACCAUUCAAGACUGUCCCACUUUGCGCACUCUCGGUAAAUACUUUGAUCGUCUCACUAUGCCGUCUCAGGUGGCUGCUCUUUUGCAGAAUAAUUUCGCAACGUGGGCCUAUUUGGCUCAUCCGACAGACAAAAACACUAGGCAGCUGAGUGCAUGGCUAUCGCAUGCCCUAAAAGACGCGAUCGUGAGCUCUCCACUUACGCAAGACAAUUACGAAGCUUCUGAGGAGUUCUUACGCCUUGUUGUCGCUCAUUGCAGAUACACUAAGCAACUAUCACCAUUAAUCGAGGCGUUUGUUGUCGACUUUCUCGAGACAUGGGAUGGCGCUAUCUUCCAAACUGAGAUAUUUGAACUUAUUUCUUACUACCCUCCCCGACCUUUUCAAGUGAUCCACGAGCUGGUUCUUCAGCCUCUCGCGCGUCUCUCUGCAUAUUCUGGCUUGGAAUUUCGCAUAAGAGUUGUGAAAUGCUACAACGCACUACUGAGGCAAUGGUCUUGCUAUAAUUGGAGUCGGAUGCGCCAAACUUACAUUACAUUGGCGGACGACGAUGCGAGGAUUAAUUGGCAAUAUGUAAACACGCUGAUGGUCGAGCAUGUCGAGAUGCUAGGGGAGUUGAUAUACAAGGAUCAUCCCAAUAACGCGGCAGUGCACCACGUCAUAUUGGACACGAUCGAAGCUACCACACCAUUAAUGACAAGCAUUCAAGAUUGCAGUAUCAAGCUACCCAAUACAGAAAUGUUCUUUACCCUUAUUCAAAAUGGUGGUGUUGAAGUGAUAUCGCGUUUAUGCGCCCAAAUAUGUAACUGGCGUGAGAUAAUGACGGUACAUGGAGAUCUACUCAAAGAAGGUCGUGUAAGUGAAUAUCCGCCAGCUUUCAAAAAACAAUUCCACGAAUGGGUUUUGGCUACUUGCGAAUUAUUCUACCGUAUGAAGGCAUUCGAUCCAAUAUCACGCACUGGAGAGUGGGUUUCAGGUCUUGGUCGAGAUGUACUCGAACGGCUCCACAAAAGUUCUCAGGAUCUCGAGUGGGGACGAUACCAAUUAUCGAUCAAGGCGGUUGGUGACGUUGCCUUUAAUCCUCGUCUUGUGCCUCUGUCGCAGAGAUUUCUGGGGGAGUUCCAGGAUUACUUUAAUGUAACGCAUCCAGAACGUUACGAGGGCGCCGUAAGUAAUAGCGCUUUAAAGGGAAGCUCGCUAGAUAUGCACGGGCUGAAUAUACGAGCUAAUUACGUUGAAUGGCUUGGUAGACAGGGUGUUACCGGCUUACCAAUGCUGCUAUUUACUACUGUCAAGAGUCUGCAGACUUUCGUGCGUGGUCAUGAGUCGUCGUUCUUGCAGUCGCAGUCACAAGAGAACUUGAGCCCACGUAAAGAGCGGUACGAAGCGAAGAAACAAGCCGAAGUGAUGGAGAUUGAGCCAACGCAGCAAACUGAAGACACACGGCUAAGUCGAUCGUCGUCAGCGUUUGAUCGUGUUUAA